AUGAAGGGGAAGAGGAGCAAAGACGCCAUGGCCGACGACAGCGGCAGCGUCAGGAUGGCCAUCGGCACCGCGGUCGGCGGCGCCUCCAUCGCCCUCUUGGCCGGCGCGAGCUGCUGGUUGGGCAUGAAGGCCUACCGCGAUGGCCGGUUCUCGAGAGGAUGGCGGCGGGUGCGCGUCUGGGCGCUCGGCGGCGUCACCACCCUGGAGCAGACGCUGGCCUACGACUGCGCCAUGUGCGGCCACAGCUUGGACCAGCGGGAGGAGGUCCGCACGCUCUCCUGCGGCCACGUGUUCCACCUGCGUAAGGGUCCCAAGUGCGGGAGCAACAUCGACGACUGGCUCCGCGAGAACCGCAUGCGCUGCCCGGCCUGCUGUAAGCCCGUCCACCCCGUGUUGCCGUGGAAGGCGCCGCCGACAUCGGCGCCACCGCCCGCGCCCGUGCCACUGCCAGCGCAGUCGGCGCCGUCGUCGUCGACUUCGGAUUUGGAGGCUCAGGAGCCGCGGCGGAUGGAGUUAGAGCAGGGGCCACCGCGGCGGCUGGCGUUGGACCAGGGGCGACCGCGGUAUCCGCCGUCGAUGUGGUUACAGGAUGCGCUACUGUACGGGUCGCCGUCGCAGUAA